AAUUAAGCUCUGUUCCGCUCUGCAUCCUAUCUGCAGACAACAGAGUACCCUGUCCAAUACCUCAUUACUGCACAUAGUCCCGUAUACAGCGUACCACUUCCAAUAUCUAAACAAUGUCUCCCUCCCUCCUCCAAGCAUCCGCUGCAUCCUUCGUUCUCCUCUCUAUAGGACAUACGAUCAAUGGCAGACAGUGGACCUCAGACCCCCGAUUCAGGGCCAUCGCAGGAACAAAGCCAUGGGCUAGUGGGACUGUAGGAUGGUAUCAGGGAAGUGCAUUCUUCUUCUUGACUGGUCUACUACACUACCAAUGGUCUCGCGACCCAACAGCCCUCCAAGACCCAAUUAACAAGGCUAUUGCCGGUAUCGUUAAUGUACUGCUUUGGUCUAGUUCGGCUUGGUAUGUUAAGCACGGUAUUAAGGAUAAUGCUUGGGCUGUGGGGUUGUCUGCUGUUUUGCAGGCUUGGGGGUUGUUCAGGCUAUUCUGUGAGAUAUGUUUCCAUAUCUAGGUUUUCGGGCAUAUGCCUGUGGGAGGUCUCCUACAGAGAUAUCCUAGUCAAUUACUAUUUUUCUG